AGCGCCGAGCGCCGCCUACGCCGCUACGUGCGCUUCCCCGCCGGCCGGUACGGCGCGCGCCCACAGCCCCAGCCUCCACCCUCCGCCUACCUGCCCGAGCACGCGCCCUGGCUGCCACUCAGACCGAGCCCACAGCGCGAGCGGAGCCCGCGGCUGGUGUUCCGGGAUCCCGACGCGCCGGGGACGCUGCCCGCCUUCUACCCACAGCACAACGGUCUCAGCUCGCCGGCCGACGACCCGCGGGAGUACCGAAAACAGCCGUACCCUUUCGCGGGCGACCAGUCGAUGUGCUCGCAAGGGACGUGUGAGUUCUUCCUGACUUGCUGGAUGUCUGCGGGGCUGCUGGAGGGCAGCUGCGGCGGCUUCCUGUACGCCUGCUGCCAGCGCCGGCCGCCGUCCACGGCCAAGAAGAGUGAGCACUCGCUGGCGCCGCUGCCGGACUACGGGCCUGUGCUCAACGACCCCCGGUGCGGGCUGUCCUCUGGCAAGCUGGGCCAACUGGUGGGCGCGCAGCGGAGGAUCGUCGGCGGUGACGAAGCGGGCUUCGGCAGCUUCCCCUGGCAGGCGUAUAUCAGGAUCGGAUCCAGCCGCUGCGGAGGUUCCUUGGUGAACAGAUACCAUGUCGUCACUGCCGGACACUGCGUAGCCAGGGCAAGCGCGCGCCAGGUGCAGGUGACGCUGGGCGACUACGUCAUCAACUCUGCGGUGGAGCCGCUGCCCGCCUACACGUUCGGCGUGCGCGAGAUCCGCGUGCACCCGUACUUCAAGUUCACGCCGCAGGCCGACCGCUUCGACGUGGCGGUGCUGCGGCUGGACCGGCCGGCGCCCUAUCUGCCGCACAUCGCGCCCAUCUGCCUGCCCGAGAAGGGCGAGGACUUCCUGGGCCAGUACGGCUGGGCCGCGGGCUGGGGCGCGCUGCAGGCCGGUUCCCGACUGAGACCAAAGACACUUCAAGCAGUUGAUGUUCCUGUUAUUGACAACAGAUUAUGUGAACGGUGGCACAAGUCAAAUGGAAUCAAUGUUGUGAUUUAUGAUGAGAUGAUGUGUGCUGGAUAUAGAGGAGGUGGUAAAGAUUCCUGUCAGGGUGAUUCUGGAGGGCCAUUAAUGCUGGAAAAAGCUGGAAGGUGGUAUCUGAUUGGUAUUGUCUCAGCUGGAUAUUCAUGUGCCCAGAGAGGUCAACCUGGAAUUUAUCAUCGUGUUGCAGAGACAGUAGACUGGAUAUCAUACAUAAUUAAUUCGUAACAGAUGGAACAGCUAUGCAAAAGAGUAUGAAGAUUUAACAAGUUCCUCACUAGUGUUGGUGACCUGAGUAUGUGAAUGUGUUGAAGGAUAUUCACUGAAUUAAGCAAGAGACAUCUUACAAUGAAAUGACUGUCAAUGUGGACCGCAUCUGCCUUGUAUGACACAUGGAUGUCAUAAUGUAGUUCACUAACUUCAGGGUUUUCUCUUAAGUGAACAUAUGAUAUUAACAUGGAUGAUUAUACACAAGUUAUAUUUAAAUUAGUGAUGUCUCUCAGUCAUGUGUUAUUUAUGUUGGCUGUGCCUAAUAUUUCACAAAUAUUGUGGUGAACAUAAAUACUUCCACAACUUUUGUGGGAUACAUUUUUAUUUGUGUUUACCAUAUUCAUAAAAGUCAUAAAUUAAUCUCUUUUCUUCAUAUUCAGCGAGAGGCUUGAAGCCUAUUCUGAAUCAAAAUGAAACAUUAA